UGCCCAGGGAGGCUUGGAGGGAGCUUGAGCUACAAGAAAAAAGGCAGUGGGUCUCCAGAUUCCUGUAGCCAUGCUGCACUUGCUGUUCAGGUGGACUCUGCCCUGGGCCAUGCUCCUGCUACUACUAGGUUCCCAGCUCCUGGUGACUCCUGGGUCAAGAUCUGAAGAGGAAGCAGAGAAUAAAUACCAAAAUGCCAUGAGAAGCUACUUCCUUGGAACAGUGGAGUAUGCCUUACAUAUAUUCAACUUGCAAAGCAAUGACACGAGGGCCUACAGGCUGGUGCGCAUCCUGAAUUCCAGGAGGGAGCUGUCACUGGAGAAGAACACAAUGGCGUUCUCCAUGGAGCUGCAGCUUAGAAGAACAAGAUGUGGAAAAUUUGAUGAUGACAUUGACAACUGUCCCUUUCAAGAAAGUUCAGGGCAGAACAAUAUCAUCACCUGCUUCUUCAUCAUCAGCACUGAGCCCUGGAAAACAGAGUUUGAACUCUGGAACAAGACCUGCUUGGAGGGGCACCUGCAUGGCUCAGUUGGCUAAGCAUCUGCCUCAGUCUCCAGUCAUGAUCCCAGAGUCCUGGAUCAAGCCUUUUGUUAGGCUCCCCGAUCAGCAGGGUGUCUGCUUCUCCCUCUCUUUCUGCCUGC